AUGUCGACUACUGCUCUGGUCCGCUCGUCCUCCUCCUCCAACAGCUUGACAGUACAAAAGCCGGCGACACCAGCGACGACCUCACCCAUUACCCUCCCCAAGCUGAACCUGACGCCCAGACAAAUCUCAACACCCACCGGAACACCGCCUUCACAACAACCCUCUUCCCCCGCCACACCAGGACGAUGGCAGCACCCGCGCAUGGACGAGGUCAUCAGAAGACAAAGCGCCUCUAACUUCGAUAACAGCAAUGUCCGCACCAUCGGCGUCAACCUCGUCGUGCUCCUCCUCAGCGUCUGGCUUCCUAGCCUCAUCCCCACCUCCUUGACCGCCCCCCUCCGGCCCUACGAUACCUACACCCUCCUGACCCUCCGCCUCCUCAUCGUCGCCAACAUCUCCCUCGCCUUCACCCCUCUCUUCCGCAAACCCGACCUCUGCGAAGACAUCCCCCUCGACCCCACCCAACGCUCUCGACUCGGCCUCCCACCUCUCAACCGCCCCGCCACACCCGCCGAGCAAGCACAAUACAUCACACCGCCCCGCUACUCCCGCUCCAACACCCCGCGCAGCAACAGCGGCAGCCCCUACAGCCUCCGCGCCCAAGCGAGCGGGAGUCCCUUAAGCGGCUACGGCACGCCCAUGUCGCCUUUCGGAUCUGGUGGACAGGGGCAGAGGAGAGCCAGCGGGUCGCCGAUGACGCCUUCGGGGACGCCUUCGAACGCUGCAGCGGCGGGGAGGAGGUUGAGCUAUAAUCCAAGGGGGUCGCCGUUGAGUUUGAGUGAGUUUGAUCCGAGCGGGACGCCGACGAAGGUGGGGAACCCGCGGGCGAGUGUGGGGUUAAAUAGUAAGUGGCUUUAUGAGAAGGGGAGGGGGAGCCCGACGGGUGGGAGUGGGGUGGGUGGAGGCUUUGGGGGUGGAGGGUGGGGGACGGGGAGUGUGUUUUCGUGA